GUUGUUUUCCUUUUGGAGAUUGUAGCCUUGAUUGCUUUCUUUCAAUCAGCUAGUCAAACAAAUUUCCUCAAUCUUUUCUCUUUUCCUUUAUGAAUUUGUAAAUUGAUUAACUUCUUUUAUGAAUUUUGAUUUGGAAUUUAGAUUACAGCGGCUUAUAGAAAGAAAGUAUGGGAGUCCCAUCCUGACUUGUUUCCAAUUCACCAAAAGCCUUCGGCGGAGUCAAGUUGAAGUUGAUUGCAGAAGCUUAUACAUGUCUACAGUGUGGUUCAGGAGGAGGAGGUUCGUUUUCGGCUACAUAUUCGCAUGUUGUGAGAACGGGAGUACCGAAGGCUCAUGUGGGAAGAAAAAACCGUGCUUUGAUUCAGACUCCUUUCCUUCUUAUAGUUCUGGGAACUGUGGGCCUCGGGGGACUAAACGCCACAAGGUAACCAACAGCAAGAUGAACAAUGCCCUUCUCACAAUCCAUUCCUCCCCUGAAACAAGACCUCGAACUGGGAAUUAUACUGUUCUUUCAUUUUUUGUAUCGAUAUGGAAGCUUCAAUUUAUAUGAGCCUUGUGUAUCGGAAUCACACAAAUUUGGGUAAUAUCAUUAUACCUUUGACCUUAAUCUGUUUAAAUGUUUGGUUGAGUGUAAUAAGCAUGCAUUGAUCACCUAUUCAGUUGGGCACAUUGAUUCAUUUG